UUCCGUUCCACUAUCCGGUGGCGGAGACAUCCAGGGGAGAUGGCGGCCAGAGGUAGUUUUCAAUCGGCUCCAACGGGAGGUGGUGGCGGGGGAAUGGGACCCGGACCCCAGGUGCAAGGUGGAGGACCAGGCAUGGGACCUGGAACUCCUGGUGGAAGGAUGGGACUCUCAUCGGGCGCACAGAACCACCUUUACCGAUCUCCGAUGCCUGGGCCUGGAUACCCGAGACCAGGUGGGAUGCCCCCAUCCAGCCGUAUGACCCCUCAGGGCCCGCCCAUGGGGCCUCCAGGCUACGGCUCCAGCCCCGUGUCCCGACCAGGGAUGCCUGGCGUCAUGGAUCCCUCCCGUAAGAGGCCUGCUCCCCAGCAGGUCCAACAGGUCCAGCAACAGCGCAACCAACAUACCAAGAAGAAGAAAAUGGCGGAUAAGAUUUUACCUCAGAGGAUCCGGGAGCUGGUGCCAGAGUCUCAGGCCUACAUGGACCUGCUGGCGUUUGAGAGGAAGCUGGAUCAGACCAUCAUGAGGAAACGUCUGGACAUCCAGGAGGCACUCAAGAGACCCAUCAAGCAAAAGCGAAAGCUUCGUAUCUUCAUAUCCAACACCUUCAACCCUGCCAAGCCCGACGCAGAAGACGGAGAGGGCACUGUUGCAUCAUGGGAGCUGCGUGUCGAAGGGCGCCUUCUUGAAGAUACUGCUGUGUCCAAAUAUGAAGCCACCAAGCAGAAGAGAAAGUUCUCUUCCUUCUUCAAGUCUCUGGUCAUCGAGUUGGACAAGGACCUCUAUGGGCCUGACAAUCACUUGGUCGAGUGGCACAGGACUGCGACCACUCAGGAGACAGACGGGUUCCAGGUGAAGAGGCCAGGGGAUGUGGGCGUACGCUGCACUGUCCUGCUCAUGCUGGACUACCAGCCCCCUCAGUUCAAGCUGGACAACUCCCUGGCCCGUAUGUUGGGGAUCCACACCAGCCAGGCGGUCAUCAUCCAGGCCCUCUGGCAGUAUGUUAACCACAAGCUGCAGGACCCACUCACAGAGAGAGAGUUCACUUCAACUGUGAACAAGUACCUGCAGCAGAUCCAUGAGACCAUAGAGACGAUCAACCAGCUGAAGACCCAGAGAGAGUUCAUGUUGAGCUUCGCCAGAGAUCCCCAGGGCUUCAUCAACGACUGGCUGCAGUCACAGUGCCGGGACCUCAAGGUUGUUGGUGCCGGUGUGAAUAAUAAUGUGGCCUGGUGUGCCAAAGUCAGGCUGGGACAGGAUGUGGAGUGCAUCCUGCGUUUUGGGCACCAUAUUUUGGACAUCUUGUGGCGCUUUGUGGUAAGGCUCCUCUUCCUCGACGGUGGCUCCUUACCGUCCUCAAAGAAGCGCUGUGGUAAGGGUCUCUCAUCCUCACGGUUGGCCUUUACCUUCCUUCAGCGCUGUGGUAAGCUCUCUCUCAGCUCCUCGGGACCAGAGUUCUUCAGCCUGGGUCCUGCACCGACAAUUGAGGAGUUGGAGAAGGAGAUGUUGAAUGGUCAGAAGCUCCAGGGUCCAGCCACUGCAGCUGAAGUCAACCACAUUCUGAAGAAGAAGGGCCUGGUGGACAAGUGA